GAGGGCAGCUGGCAGCUUCCCCUUUUCUGCUCUGCUCCAAGAGCCCGGCUCCUUCCCUCUCAGUGCCUCAGAGGAGGGGACUGUGACACCAUGGCCCCCCGCAUGGCUGCCAUCCGCCAGACCUGCUGCUGCUUCAACGUCCGCAUAGCCACAACCUCCCUGGCCAUUUACCAUGUGAUCAUGAGCGUCUUGUUGUUCAUUGAGCACACGGUGGAGGUGGUCCAUGGCAAGACCUCCUGCAAGUUCUCGCAGACGGGCUAUCUCAGGAUCGCCGACCUGCUCUCCAGCUACCUGCUCAUCGCCAUGCUCUUUGUCAUCAGCCUGAGCCUGCUGAUCGGUGUGAUUAAGAACCGGGAGAAGUACCUCCUGCCCUUCCUGUCCCUGCAAAUCAUGGACUUCCUCCUGUGCCUGCUCACCCUGCUGGGCUCCUAUAUCGAGUUGCCCGCUUACCUCAAGUUCGCCUCCCGGAGCCGGGCCGGCCCCUCCAAGGUCCCACUGAUGACCCUGCAGCUGCUGGACUUCUGCCUGAGCAUCCUGACCCUCUGCAGCAGCUACAUGGAAGUGCCGGCCUAUCUCAACUUCAAGUCCAUGAACCACAUGAAUUACCUCCCCAGCCAGGACGGCAUGGCUCAUAACCAGUUCAUCAAGAUGAUGAUCAUUUUCUCCAUUGCCUUCAUUACUGUCCUCAUCCUAAAGGUCUACAUGUUCAAGUGUGUGUGGAGGUGCUACAAAUUCAUGAAGCACAUGAACUCAGCCAAGGAGAGGAGCAACUCCAAGAUGCCCCCGAAGGUGGUCCUGCCGUCCUACGAGGAAGCCCUGUCUCUGCCGUCCAAGGUUCCUGAGGGGGGCCCAGCACCACCCCCAUACUCAGCAGUGUGACCUUUGCCAGGCCCCAGCCCUGGUGCUGGGAGGGGCGGAGCUGCCUGAUAUUCCGCUUCUCUGCUUUGGUGGUUCCUGUGGCCUGGGUGGACCACCUGGCUAACUUCAGGACAAUCUGCUUGUGCCUCCCUCGCUGGCCUGCUCCUCCUGUGGGGCCUGUGAGAUGCUCACACUUGGGUCAACCCUUUAGGCUGAAAUGACAACUUGGGCCUCAGAAAUUCAGUCCAACAACACUUGGUUUAUUUUGAUCAGCUUGUUUAAAUGUUUGAUCACUCCAAAUUCAGGACGUUUGGUUGAAUAACUAUCAGCUUGACCAGUUUAACCAAACAAUAAACAAAAUCAAAAACACACUUGUCAAUCUAGUAAAAGAAUUUGGUCAAACAAUAGUCCAUUGCAUUGGUUUCUAAAUACUUGUCAGUUCACACAGCAAUUUAGUCAUCAUCUAUUUGCCCACUCCCCCCAAAUAUACAAAUAUAUAUAUAGUCAUUUGCUUCAAAUAGCCUGCUUAUACAAUUGUCAUUUUAACCAAACAUCAGUCAAUUUAGACAAUUGAUACAGUUCAAUAAAAACAUCAAUUUGCCCCCAAACUAUUCAAUUCAAUCCAACCCAACAAUGGGUAGCCCACUCCAGGCAAUUCAGGUGGCUGAAUGGUUGUCAUGUCAAAGGAAAAUUCAGUCGAACAGUUGGUAAUCUGUCAUACAACAGUUAGUUCCAGGAAAUACCAUUUGUCUCAAUCAUAAAAUAGUCACUUCAAAUAUGCAAUUGUUUUGCUAAAGAGUUGUCGCUGUCAACAAACGAUUGCCUAUUCAGUCCCCUCCUGGUCAAAUCAACAGCAGUGGAUUUGGUGAAGGGGUCAGCACCAUCACCAGUUGUCUUUGGUAAACCAGCUGUCCCAGUCCAAUCCACCGGCCAUUUGUUGCCGAUUCAGUUGUAGGUGAGUCUGCUCUGCCCAGCAACACUUGUGGUUAAGCGGAAAUUCAGCCCCCAAAUCAGUCAGAUCUGCUUGUUGGACUAAAUCUGCAGGUUCUGUCAGAACAGGCAAACCUUUGUGGGCGCAGACCCUGCCAUGGAAGCUCGUGCUGGGUGGUGGGAGGAGGAAGGUUUUGGCCCCAGCUCCCCUUCUUUUGCCUGCUUCCCUACGGACCGGGGGUCCCUGAGGGAGCUGACCCAGAAUGGAGACAGGGCCACAGAGGCAGGUUCUUUGGGGUCUGUGUGUGGGGGUACAGAGGGAGGAGGUCGUGCAAGGGGCUUCCUGCCAAUACCCCCUUAUGUAAUUGCUUUGUAUGUGAUGGGGAAGAAGUUUCAAUAAAGCAGCAACAAGCUUCUC